AUGCCUGCUGAGGGCCAGCAGAAGCGGCCAGGCAGCCUCCUGUGGCAUCACGGCACAGCAGCAAAGAAACAGUGCCGCAAGUGGAACGGAGAGCAGCAGGAAGAACGACCUGCCCUUGCCAGGAAUCUGCAGAAUCCGUCCACACUGGGAGAUACAGCAGACCUUGAUUGUAGUGGCGGACUUAAAGCCUCAGCUGUUGGUCACAUCAUGCAGCAUGCUGCCAUCUUUCCUGGCUGCGUCGGCCCUGUGGCGCACACACGCGAGACCCCCACGAGGAACAGUGGUAACUUGUGGAUUUCUGCAAAUCGGUGGGCAGGGGCUCGUCGUGAUGUUGUGUCUGGUGGUGAUUCGGUUGGCAGUGGCUGCGCCGUCUUCUCAACCGUCUCACCGGCUGUCUCGCCUGCUGUUUCGCCUUCCGUUUCACCUGCCGCCUCACCUGCUGUCGCACCUGCCAUCUUGCCAGCCGUCCCACCUGCUGUCUCGCCUGCUGCCUCACCUGCCGUCUUCCCUGCCCUCGUCGCUGCUGUGGCAGUCUCACUUCUCCCCCCUACCUCUUCCCGCCUCCCCCUUGCCUUUUCCCCACUCCCUCCUGCGCGAGCACUAGCGUCCGCCCGCCACCGCCCCGCAACUCCAAUAAAAGCCCAUGCGGCUGAAGAAGGAGCCAACGCUGCCAGCACAACCAGCGCGUCCAGCGAUGGGCCUGAAAGUGCUUCCUGCCGCGCUGAGAGCAACGGAUCCGCCAGCAACUUGAACAGUGAUGAGUGCGUCCCUUGGUGCAGUGAUGGGGCGUCUCAGAGCCCCUCCUCCCACCUCCAGGGUGCUGAGUGUGCGGCACACGAGGCUGGCUGUGCCGUGUGGCACCCUGAGGCGGCCAUUCCGGGCCUGCAGCACGCCGCUGUCUUUCCAUGCAGCUUUGGCCCAGAGACGGGUGCUGGGGACAACACACACAACCCGUUUUCCCAACUGCCCGUUUCCCAUUGCCACGACGUCGUUCCUCUGCCAUUUAACCACCCCACUGCACACGCCGACCAUGUUCCAUCCUUUGCCGGCCUUUUGAAUUCCAUAUCACCUGCCUCGCAACUCCACCGGCGUGUUGUCUCCGCCCCUGAAACCUCUGCAGUUUACUCUUCUUGCAACCUCUCGGUUUCUCCAUGCCGUAUAGUGAAGGAAGGGCUGUUGCCUUUGGACGCUCGUGCUCAGCAACAGGAGAAGGAGAAUAGUGGCGCACGUGACCUGUGCUUGGUUUCUUUCUCUGGAAAGACCUGUGUGUUCAAUAGUCCUUCCAUGGGCUCCGGUUGCUCACAGCAGCAGCGGCAGGAGAGGCAGGAGAGGAGAGUGCAAGAUUUGGUUGCACCAGGAGAUGCGUUGUCAGGCCUGAAUGAUGAAUUGCAAUCUGCUGCAAGGCCUGGCAAUCCCGCUGUGUCAGCCAACCCGACAGAGGGUUCUGAGGAUGAUGGGGACCUUGAGGAGCUACAGGACACUGCAUCGUCUUGA